CAGAAGCUUCUGUUCAUCUCGAGACGGACAAGAUGGCGAAGUGAGUGGGUUGCGCUUUGAAAAGAAAGCAGCGACUCACAUAAUUUCUUCACCGUUAAAACGUCGGUUGCCUUGAUGUACGGUCGAAUAGGCUGGAAAGCGCGUCUUUAGGAAGAAACGUCGCCCCUCAGAGCGAGGUGAUUCGAAGAGAGCGUCGAGGACACCGACUCCUCCGUGUCCUUUCUGGCUAAGCUGCUAGUCAGCUAUUCGGGGAAUUGCUGAAGAGAGAGAGAGAGAGAAAACAGCCACAACCUCAGGGGAAAUAGUCUUGUUUUUUACUUAAAUGUCGAGACUACUAAUCUCCGAUUGAAACCAAUGUCCGUUAUCAUCUCAAUUUCGCCGUUGUGAGUUGUUAAGGACACAGCUAGUGAGGAAACGCCGAUUUUAGGCUAGCUAGCAUUGUUUCUACUGGACUGAAGAGAGAGGGCAGCCUGAAAACCUCACCCGUUCACACAGUUUCAGAGUUCUUCUCGGAUUUUAGGACAUGGCCAGCAGCAGUGGCUCUAAAGCCGAGUUCAUAGUCGGUGGGAAAUACAAGCUCGUUCGUAAAAUCGGAUCUGGAUCCUUUGGUGACAUUUAUUUGGCAAUCAACAUCACAAAUGGAGAGGAGGUAGCUGUGAAAUUGGAAUCACAGAAAGCUAGACACCCUCAACUUCUGUAUGAAAGCAAGUUGUACAAAAUUCUCCAGGGAGGAGUCGGAAUCCCACACAUCAGGUGGUAUGGCCAAGAAAAGGACUAUAAUGUCCUAGUGAUGGACCUGCUGGGGCCAAGUCUCGAGGAUCUCUUUAACUUCUGUUCCCGCAGAUUCACAAUGAAAACUGUCCUAAUGCUUGCAGAUCAGAUGAUCAGCAGAAUCGAGUAUGUGCACACAAAAAAUUUCAUCCACAGAGAUAUCAAGCCAGACAACUUUUUAAUGGGUAUUGGCCGUCACUGUAAUAAGUGUUUAGAAUCUCCAGUGGGGAAGAGGAAAAGAAGCUUGGCUGUUAGUUCUUCUCAGGACCCAUCUUUCUCAGGAUUAAACCAGUUGUUCCUCAUCGACUUUGGUCUGGCCAAGAAAUACAGAGACAACAGGACACGACAGCACAUACCCUACAGAGAAGACAAAAAUCUCACAGGCACAGCUCGCUAUGCCAGUAUCAACGCACACUUGGGCAUCGAGCAGAGUCGUCGAGAUGACAUGGAAUCGCUAGGAUACGUGCUGAUGUACUUCAACAGAACCAGCCUGCCAUGGCAGGGACUGAAGGCUGCCACAAAGAAACAGAAGUAUGAGAAGAUUAGUGAGAAAAAGAUGUCGACCCCCGUCGAGGUGUUGUGUAAGGGUUUCCCAGCAGAGUUUGCCAUGUACCUGAACUACUGUCGUGGGUUGCGGUUUGAAGAGGCACCUGACUACAUGUAUCUGCGUCAGCUUUUCCGCAUUCUUUUCAGGACUCUGAACCACCAGUAUGACUACACAUUUGACUGGACCAUGCUGAAGCAGAAAGCAGCACAGCAAGCGGCCUCCUCAGGGGGACAAGGGCAACCGGCACAAACCCCCACAGGCAAGCAAACUGACAAACCCAAGAGUAACAUGAAAGGUUUCUAAGCAUUAAGACAAUGUAAUGAAGCAGAGCAGAGUGGUCGUAGCAGGAUUUGCCUUCCAAUCACACCCCGGCAUCUAGGAUCAAAUUCACCAGAACCUGCCAGGCACUGUGGGCAACCUUUUUCCUGUUAAAGGACUUUUGUUCCAUAUACUAUAUAUGUAAUCUGUAUAUAUAGAUAAGAUGCUCUGCAUAUAUCUAUAUAUUGGUAUGUAUAUACUAUAUCCACACAGAGAGCAGGCUUGGUUUGGAGUUGGAAGCUGUAGCCUUUUCUAUUGUCCUGUCCCUUAAGACUUUUCACCCCCUCCUUCUUUGAAAUGGAAAACAGUAGAAAAUGGGGAUGUAAUUGUGCACAUGCCAACAUUUUCCCGAGUUCUCUCCUUCAGGAAAGCUGUUUGGGGUCCUUCCUGAAUUCUCGGUUGCCCAUCAGAGCAGUUUUGGCCCCCCUUUCCCUUCUCAUCGACCUCUCGUCACAAAGCGUGGCACGAACCCAGACACUCUUCUGUCAGAAUGGAGACAUCUGAGACACAUUUUCAUCCUUCAAUAUUUUUUUGCUCUUCCUUUCCUCAAGCAAAAUGAACAAUCUGAGAUUAAAUGUUUUUUUGUUUGUUUCAAAUGUAUCCAAAUAAUUAAAAAGGCAACCAUUGGGUUUUGUUUUUCUUUUCUAAAAAGGUCAUUGCGAUUCUGCCUGCUGAUAUGUGCUAGAGAGCUUCUAAUGUGAAGAUUAAAAAACAACAAAAAAACCUUGUAGUGACUACUAGGUUUCUCUUUAGAACACUUCAUUAACUAUAUUGUACUUGGUAUUCUGAAGUCUAAAAAAUAAAAAUAAACUCAGAAGCAUAUUCAUUACAAAUUAGGCAUCACUCUGAACUAAACCUGUAUGUUAAUUGCUUAGAUGAAAAUUAUAUGCAUCUGAUCUGGGUUUUUUCUCUUUGGAAAAAUGUUUGUUGAUUGAGAAAGUAAGCAUCUGUGCGAUUAAUUGCUAUGAUAGGCUUAAUGUUCUGUUUUUGAGAGAAAAAUGUGCUCACUCCACCCUUCCAUUUACAUUUUUUAUAUGCAUAU